AGGUUGGUUUUAGUUUUGUUACUCUUAAAUAAUGUUGCGAUCGAUUGUCCGUUCUGUAUCCCGGCUCAGCGUUCCGGGGUCGCGUUCCUGCAGCAAUGCCUCGGAUAAAGUGGUCCUUGCCGAAGUGGACGAUAAAACAGGUUAUGCCACAGUUACGUUAAACCGGCCACCGGUUAACAGCCUCAACUUGGAGCUGCUUACUGCACUUUCCGAAACGUUGGAUGAUUUACAGAAUAAUAAAUCUCGGGGAAUGAUUUUGACUUCGUCUUCCAACUCCGUCUUCAGUGCCGGUUUGGACAUUUUGGAGAUGUACAAACCCAAACAGGAAAGGAUGAAACAAUUCUGGACCACUCUGCAAGAUGUUUGGUUCAAACUGUACGGAUCGCCGUUCCCAACCGUGGCUGUCAUUAACGGUCACUCCCCGGCUGGUGGUUGUUUGCUAUCCAUGUGCUGCGAAUACCGUGUUAUGCUGCCCAAUUUCAGCAUUGGUUUAAACGAAACACAGCUGGGAAUUGUUGCACCAACGUGGUUUCAGGCAACGAUGCGAAACACUUUAUCGCGUCGUGAUGCGGAACUGGCAUUGACCCUGGGGACGCUUUUCAGCACCGAAGAAGCCCUUAAAGUUGGAUUGAUUGAUGAAGUAGCGGCUAACAAAGAAGAAGGAAUUGUGAAAGCGGUCAGCUUCCUUGACCGUUUUAAGAAGAUUUCACCGCAAGCAAGAUCGAUGACAAAGCAGGCACUUAGGAGCAAAGAUAUAAUGGAAUUGGAAGAUAACAGAUUGCAGGAUGUCGACCUGUUUGUUUUUGCUGUAUCGCAGCCGAAGGUUCAGAAAGGCCUUGAAGUGUACCUGGAGGCAUUGAAAAAGAAAGCAGCUAAAUAGUUAUUAAUUUUAAGCAUUUUCAGGGGCAUUUAAAUGUUUUUAUACUGUUUA